GAGAGCGACCGAACAAGGGAAGAGGUGUAGAUGUCGCACCCUCUCUCUGUCCAUAGACUUUUCAGGGAGGACCGGACAGCAGGAAGAGGGAAAUGGGAGAGGAAUUUACUUUGGACCUGUCGAUCAAUUACACCAUCCUGGACUGGGCCGUUAAAACCAGUAAAUUAGCAGGGCAGAGGAGGAUGAAUCAACAGAGACAUUCCUACACUGUUUGACGUUUGCAAGGGUUUUGGGGAUGUGUGUGUGUUCAGUGAGUUAUCUGCUUGUGAUCCUGCUUUUGUGUAGAUUUAAUAUCGACUAGUUCUGUGUAUGGUUGAUGAGCAAGGUGUGUGUCUGUAGUUACCUGGAGAGACUGAGCCAGCCGUCUGCUCCUGUGGGUUUUGUGUUACCUGAGCUCCACCGGCUUGGCAGCGGGACAGCAAUCACCUUUACAAUAGGACAGGGUCCAAAACCUUAUCGUUGUUCUGAGGAACUGUAAAGGCGGUGUGUUUCAAAGAAGUGUGUGGUUCUGUGGAAGUCUUGUCUCGGAGUGGGAGGGGCCAGAAGAGGCACAGGUGAGAUAUAAAAGCAGGCGUGUGUGUGACCGUGUGUAUCUGAGGAUCACACUCACUCACCUCUCGUCCGUCUGCGUCUGUUGACCGGAGAACAGACUUGGGGAUUAUCGGACAGUUGAUGAGCUUUAGGGCACUGCCAUUGUCCAGGGGAUCAACACACACAGUGGAGAACUUUUGAACUUGGCUGCAGUACAGAUUGUGUAGUACAGACAUUAUAGUACAGGACAGAACUUUGGACCUGUUCUCACUGUGGAUACGCUUGUUGUCAUCUCUCGCACUCAGUCUUCAGCUCUCCAACUCAUGACAACUGCAAGGACUCGGACCACAGAAGAUACGCCUGGAGCUCUGACUGCCAUUCACAACUAGACCUCAACAACAAUGGAACCCCUCCUUCAUAACAGCUUAUAAGGUAUCAUAACAACCUGUGGCUCUUCAACAGUUCCUGUCCCGUUCAAACAAGGGAGACCUUGUUUGUGGGAGAACAGAGCGAACCAAACUGCCCACGGGGGGGGAUCAUGUAUGUGCUUUGCACCCUGGUGGUACUGAGUAUCCACAGCCUCUUUAAGAGCCGACACAAGACCCUGGACCCCGGCGACAAAGAGGCUGGAGAAGGGGCCACGUUGCCUGGGGACAAAGCCCCUCCGAUGGGGGAGGGAGGCAGGGUAAGGGACCCCGGUCCUGGAGGUCUUGGAGGGGGUGUGGGGCCCAGGGAGAGGGAGAGAGGGGUGACUGUAGCCCUCUCUCAGGGGAAGAGGCAGAGUGCUGUAGACCGUAAGGCUGCAGGCUGCAACUGCGCAAACAAACGUAGAGGUGACCGGGAGCUGCGCUGCAGCCAGGGCAGGCUGGGAUGCGGAGGAGGCAGCCUGGAGAAUGUGCCGGACAGCAGAAAACAAUUGCAGCCGGUCCAGAGACCCAGUGCUUUGCUCAGCCCUGUGGUCAUGUUCGGAACAAGAAAGACCUGGGACCUUGGCCACGCCCCCUGUCUGCAGGAGCUCUGGAAGAAAGACGUCUCAUUGGAUGCGAGCUCAGUGGACUUCUUGAUGAGUGAUGGUGAGGAGGACUGCUCCUUCCUGUCUCUACCCACAGCCGCUUUCCCACAACGUACCGCUCUGACCACUACUGACCAAUUAGAAACCAGCCAGCACUAUCACAACCAACAGCUACUCAUACAGACACUGCAGGAGAAAGUCUGCGAGUUCCAGGCGCGUCUGCGACGCCAGGAAGCUUCCCGGUGUCUGCAGCUGCAGAGGCCGCAGCAGAGUCACCAACAGAGUCUUCAGGAGAAGACGAGCCUCAUACACACGCUACCGGAGGAGCUGCACACAGCACUGCCCAGCGGUGUUCGGGCAGUGCAGAAGCUGGCUGAGCCACAGGAGCAGCAGCAGCACAGCAACUGUCUCAUUCAGGAAGGAGAGCAGCUCAUCGCAGCGCUGCGCACACAGGUGGGGGAGCUGGAGGAGAAGCUGCCAGACCAGACCCAGGAGGUGGAGAGACUGCGCUCGGGGGUGGGGGCGACCGACCUGGAGAAGCACCUGGAGCUUCUGGUGGUCGAGAACGAGCGGCUGAAGCAGGAGCUGAAGGCAUGCAAGACCUCACUGCUCCAGGAGGCUCCUCCACCGGCCUGCACAGCCACUGACUGCCCCCACAGCCAGGAUGUGGAGGCCCUGUGUGAGGAGGUGUCUCUCUCGGAGAGCCAGACCAGACCUAGGCAGAGGAGGCUGGCUGAGUUGGAGCAGCAGGUCCUGGAGAAGGCCAGCCGGGUGGAGACGCUCAGCCGACAGCUGGAGGAGUCCAAGCUCCACGCGGGGGAGAUGCAGAGGCAACUGGAGGAGUCCAAGUGUCAGCAGGGGGAGGUGGAGCAGCAGCUGAGCGUCCGGCUCAGAGACUGUGAGGAGGAGCUGGCCAGACAGGCCGCCCGGACCCAUCAGGUCAAGUAUGUGACUGAGAUAGUGGAGGUGGAGUCGUCAGGGUCUCAGCAGGCGGUAACCGAGGCCCAGGCCAAGAGCGCCGCCCUGCAGGAGCAGCUAUCACUGCAGAGACAGCUGCUCCGAGAGCUGGAGACACAGCUGUAUGAGUCCCAGAGGACCAGCACCCAGCUCCGAGCUCAGCUGCGUGCGGACCGCAGCCGUAUCUGCGGCCUGCUCUCCAAGGCCGUCGGAAGGGGCAAUGGCGAGAUCAUUUGCAGGUUGUCUAAGAUCCUGGUGUACGAGGGGGAGAUGGAGCGGGCCCAGGGCCAGUUGGAGGCUGAAAUGCAGAACCUGGAGGAAGAGAAGAACAGGGUGAUCGAAGAGGCCUUCAUCAGAGCUGAAAGUGAGAUGAAGGCCGUGCAUGAGAACCUGGCAGGUGUGCGUAUGAACCUUUUGACGCUUCAGCCAGCCUUGCGUACUCUCACCUGUGACUACAACUGUCUGAAGAGGCAGGUUCAGGACUUCCCCUUCAUGCUGGAGAAGGCCAUGACCGAGGCCAAGCAGGAGAUCUGCCAGGUGAUAGGCGAGGUGAGCAGUGCCAACCAAGAGCUAGUGAGGAAGUACAAGAGAGAGAUGAACCUGAGGAAGAAAUGCCACAACGAGCUGGUGCGCCUCAAAGGUAACAUCAGGGUGUUCUGUCGGGUGCGGCCGGUGUGCCGGGGGGAGCAUGAUUCUGCCGAAAACAUGGUCAGCUUUGACCCAGAUGACGAUGCCCUUCUCUACCUCUCCAACAAGGGAAAACUGAUGACCUUUGAACUGGACAAGGUGUUCCACCCUCAGGCCACGCAGGAAGGGGUGUUCCAGGAGGUCCAGUCCCUGGUGACAUCCUGUAUUGAUGGCUUUAACGUAUGCAUCUUCGCCUACGGACAGACAGGCUCAGGAAAGACCUACACCAUGGAGGGUGUGGCCAAGGACCCGGGCAUUAACCAGAGGGCUCUCAGACUGCUGUUCUCUGAGGUGACUGAGAAAGCGCCCGACUGGGACUUCAAGAUCACUGUUAGCAUGGUGGAGAUCUACAACGAAACCCUACGGAACCUUUUGGGGGACAACCAGGGUGAGAAGCUGGACAUCAAGAUGAAUCCAGAUGGUAGCGGUCAGCUCUAUGUGCCGGGCCUCACGGAGUUCACUGUCCAGAGCCCUGAGGACAUCAACAGGGUGUUUGAGCUGGGUCACAUGAACAGGGCCACAGCCUGCACCAAUCUGAACGAACACAGCUCCCGCUCUCACGCCCUCCUCAUCAUCACCGUAGCAGGCGUCAACUUCUCCACCGGGCACCGCACGCAAGGUAAACUGAACCUGGUUGACCUGGCUGGCUCAGAGCGGAUUGCUAAAUCUGGGGCAGAGGGCAGCCGCCUGCGAGAGGCCCAGUGCAUCAACAAGUCCCUGUCGGCCCUGGGUGACGUCAUCAAUGCGCUGCGGAGCCGACACUCCCACGUGCCCUUCAGGAACUCCCGGCUCACCUACCUGCUGUCUGACUCACUGAGCGGGGACAGCAAGACCCUGAUGAUGGUGCAGGUGUCUCCCCUGGUCUGUAACAUGAGUGAGUCGGUGUGCUCUCUGAAGUUUGCCCAGCGGGUUCGGACCAUCGAGCUGGGCAACGCCACCAGAAGGCAGUGGGAGAACUCCUCCACCACCUCCUCGCCCACCCACGACAGCGUGGAGAUGGACUCUCCCCCGGUGACUCCCGUGCCCCUCCCUAUCUCCCGGGCCAGCAGUGCCGGCUCCACCCUCUCCGCCUCCUCCAAAACCCCAACCACACGACGGAGGUCUCAGUCCCAGCUCUCUGCAGACAGGCUGUUAGGCAGAGCCAGCCCAUUGGUGGUGGACGGUGGGCAGGACGAUUGAAACUGUCUGUCUGAAGGCUCCAAUGGAUCCAGAAUGAACCCGGACCCUGACCCAGUCAGCCAUUGGGCCUUCUGAACAGGAGGGUGUUAACCAGCACCUUGACCCACCAAUAGGUUGUUCCCAAAGCAGAGAGUUUCUAUCUCCUUCUGCUGAUCUCACUCAGCCAAUGGGUGAGAGAAACUGGACUAGACAAAUUAUCAGAUUGAGAGAAUGGUGACAUUUCAUUUAUUGAGCUAUUUGAACAGCAGAGGGAUGAAGAGGGGGAUACAAACUUUGACCCUCGUGGAAGGCCCAUACCAAGACUCUGUCCCGAUGCUCUAAAAUGGCCUCCAAGUCUCAUUUUCUUCAUUACCACUGAUAGCUGACAGGAAUGGAUAGGUGUUAAUUUUAGCCAGGAAUGUUGUACAGCCCCCCAUAUCUUAACUACGUGUCCUCGUUUAUACACCUCAAGGAACACAACACCCCAGACUGCAAGUGACUACAGGACACACCUGUCUGUCUUCCACACCUGACUAGGGGCCAAAGUGGAGGAGCACCUGAGAGUAACACAGGGCCCUGUCCUAAAAACAACUCUCAUUAAAAAAAAACUAUACUCCUCACAGCCCAGAACAACUCCACCACACCUUCACCUUUGAGCCUUCAACUGGGCCUGUGAUCUAUUCUCCCAUUGGCCAAUGUAUUGUCGGCCCCUUACAAUAACAUUUACAUUUACAUAACGUCACACCCACACCCUUAGUGCUAACCAAUCUCUUCGUCCCAUCAUCCACUAACAGUAUAGCCCUUUCAAUCACAGUAUUUCUGGGUAAAAAUGCACUUUAAACAAGGCUGAUACCUUCUUGAUGUGUUUAACGGAUUAUGAUAAUAUGCAUAUACUGUAUAUAUCUGUGUUUGAGAUUUUUAUUUUUUAUCCCUUUAGACUCCAUUGUGGGUUUUUUGGGGGUGGGGGGGGGUUACGAGGGUUCCAUCCUGGUCUCCUUCCACACUUUCUCCCCCUCAUCCAAUCAGGGAUAGAUAUGGAACUGGGCUUCUUUUGCCCUGUAGGACGCAAGCAAUAAGAGACGUGACUGCAGAGAGCGUUUAACUUCCUGUGUAGCCGUUUGUGUUUUAGAUUAGAUUUCUCCAGGGCAAUACAGAGCUGCCUCAGCCACUGCAUGGAAACGUUCAUGUUGUCGUGUUUCUUCUACCGAGUGAAUAAAGCUAGACUAUUCAAACUCCCUGCCAGACAGGAAAUGCCAUUCCUGUUAUUGGAUGCUGCCGGUUGAAGUUGCCCAGAGGCACAGAUCUAGGAUUAGUUUCUUCUACCCAAAUUCUAAGGUUAUUCAAUAGGGACACAACACAAAACUGACCCUAGAUCUGCAUCCAGGACAGCUUAAUCCUACUCCCUAUGGCUGACCACAAGCAACCAAUGACAACGGAUUGCCUCACGGAACAGACACUGCUGCCCCUGAGGGAGUGAUCAAGCUUGUGAACUGUAUUUGAAAAUAGGAAUGCUUUGUACAUUUGAUCAGCUAAUCGACCGUGUGUCUUCAAUGUUAAACCAAUGUUCCCUCCAAUACCAGGAUGUCCGAGGAACAUUGAGGACACGCUGCAUCGUAGUGGUUGUUGAUGGAUAUCUCUACUUGCUUUUGUCUUUGUUGUUGUGGAAACCUUCUGCGGCAUUCUUGAUUUUGUACACCCUUUUUUAAUAAACACUCAAUACGAAAUUAAA